AUGUCGAGACCCAAGGGACUGUUAUGGCUGCCACUGUUCUUCACCCCGGUCUGCGUCAUGUUGAACUCCAACGUUCUCCUGUGGAUAACCGCUCUUGCCAUUCGCUUCACGCUCAUUGACAGCCAAGCACAGUAUCCAGUCGUCAACACAAAUUAUGGCAAAAUUCGGGGCCUAAGAACACCAUUGCCCAAUGAGAUUUUGGGUCCCGUGGAGCAAUACUUGGGGGUCCCCUAUGCCUCACCUCCCACUGGAGAGAGGCGGUUUCAGCCCCCAGAACCCCCAUCCUCAUGGACUGGCGUUCGAAAUGCCACCCAGUUCGCGGCUGUGUGCCCCCAACACCUAGAUGAGAGGUCUUUAUUGCACGAUAUGCUGCCCAUCUGGUUUACUGCCAAUUUGGAUACUUUAAUGACCUAUGUUCAAGAUCAAAACGAAGACUGCCUUUACCUAAAUAUCUACGUGCCCACCGAAGAUGGAGCCAACACAAAGAAAAACGCAGAUGAUAUAAGCAGUAAUGACCGUGGUGAAGAUGAAGACAUCCAUGAUCAGAACAGUAAGAAGCCGGUAAUGGUCUAUAUCCACGGCGGGUCUUACAUGGAGGGCACUGGCAAUAUGAUAGACGGGAGCGUUCUGGCAAGCUACGGAAAUGUCAUCGUGAUAACCAUUAACUACCGGCUGGGCAUUCUAGGGUGCUUCAGCGAUGGUGGUAUCCACCGGGCAAUAGCACUGAUGGGUCACGUCAAAGCUCUUUGGCGCCAUUGA